UUAAUAAUUUUAAUAAUGAUAAUACCAACAUAUGAAAUGAUUAAUAUAUCAAAAAAACAUCAUCAACGACAUAAUCAUUUUAAACUUGUUGUAUUUAGUUUUGAUGGUUUUCGUCCCGAUUAUAUUACUGUUGAACGUACACCAAAUCUAUAUGAUAUUGCUAAAAAUGGUGUUCAAGGAAUAAUGCGAUCAACAUUUGUAACGAAAACAUUUCCAAAUCAUCAAUCAAUUGUUACAGGAUUAUAUGAACCAUAUCAUGGUAUUGUUAAUAAUAAAUUUAUCGAUCCAUUAACAAAACAACCAUUCUCUGUAAAUAAUGAUAGUUGGUUUUGGUGGGAUCAGCAUAAUAUUUCUGUACCGAUUUAUAUUGCCAAUCAAUAUUAUGAAUCGAAUCGUUAUAGUAUUUCAUUACAAUGGCCUGGUUCAAUAUCAAAUUAUACUGAUGGUUAUCAUUUGGAUCAUCGUGAACGUGUACAUUAUCUUGAAAAUUAUCAAUCAAAUGUUGAUUUUUUUCAUCUUAUUGAUGUAUUAAUGAAAUGGUUAACUGAUCCAAUAAAACCGGCUAAUCUUGCAUUUGUUUAUUUUCAACAACCAGAUGAAACGGCACAUCAAUAUGGUCCGUUUAGUGAUGAAGUUUAUGAACAAGUUCAAUUAAUAGAUAAAGUUGUUGGAUAUUUUCAACAACAAUUAUUAAAAAUGAAUUUAGCACAUUUAACAAAUGUUAUAUAUCUAUCUGAUCAUGGUAUGUCGGAAAUUCGUUCGGAACGAUCAUUAUAUAUUGAUAAAUGUGAUAAAUAUUAUCCUGGAUUAAAAUAUGAAUUAUAUGGUUCAAGUCCAACUUGGUCAGCCAUACCAAUAUCGGCACCAAAAUUAUCAUCACAAAAAUCAUCCGAAUUGGCCAAAUCUGUUCGUGAUGCAUUGAAUGAUUGUAGCCAUAAAUAUUAUAAUGGAAAAUUUUCAGUAUAUCUACAGGAAGAAAUUGCCGAUGAAUUUCAUUAUAAAAAUAAUAUCCGUAUAUUACCAUUAUUUAUUAUAUCGGAAGAAGGUUAUGAUGUUAAUUAUAAAGAUGUUGGAUAUCGACCAAAAGGUUAUCCAAUAUGGGGUAAUCAUGGUUAUAAUUCAUCAUUACCAUCAAUGCAGCCAUUAUUUUUAGCAAAAGGUCCACGAUUUAAAACUUCAUAUAGUCAUCCAAUACCAUUUGAAAAUAUUGAUCUCUAUCCAUUAAUGUUAAAUCUAUUGGACAUUCCAUUGAAACAUUUUCCAACAACAAAUGGUACAUUUGAACAUGUACAUCAAAUGUUAAUUUAUCAACUUUAUUUAAAUGAUGAUAAAUUUACAAUGAGCCUUAAUGUAUUUUUUUAUUUAAUUUCUGGAUUUAUGAUCAUAUUUUUGGCCGGUUUUUGUUUUGUAUGCAUUUCUGGACGAAUAGAAAAAAAUUAUCUCCGUAAUUCGAUUGAUUCAUCAUCAUCGUCAUCGACAUCUAAACGAUUAAUAAAUUAUUUGAAAAAAAUAUCAAAUGGUCAACAAAAUGAACAACGUUAUAGAAUGUUUGCCAAUGAAAGACCAACAUCGCAUCUAGAUUCAUCUGAUGAUGAUGAUGAUAAUAAUGGUGAAGAUGAAUUAUUCAAUAGGAAUCGCCAUCAACAGAAAGCAAUCAAUAAAAAUCAAUUAACCGAUAUUGAUUGGGAUAUAUUGGGCACAGGUCUUGAUAUCGAUCUUGUUGGACAAUUAAAAAAUGAAACUUCAAAUGGUCAGAAUAUUGUAAAACGAAAUGAAUAUCUUGAUAUUUCUAGUGAUAAUACAAGUGAUAACAAUGAUAAUGUUGAUCGGCCAUCAUCUAAAAGUAAACGAAAAAAUGAAAUCAUUUCAUUGUUAAUCACCGAUGAUGACGACGAUGAUUGUAAUAAUAUGAAUGACAAAGAAAUUAAAAUCAAAAUUAACAAUGAAGAAUUUGAAAAUCUAAUUUCCGAAACAAAUGUAAUAACCAAUAAUAAUAAUAAAGUGAUUGAA